AUGGGAAAUCAAAUUCAUUUUAGUUCAAUAACUUCAAAUAAUAAUAUUUUGACUGGGGAAAUUGACAACUAUGACUCGGGCAGUGUAUUUCAAAAUAAUAACCAAUGUUCUGAAGUAUUUCAACAUUUUGAAAAUCAUAAUAAUGAUAACGUUAUUAUAUUUAACAAUGCAACAAAUAAUGAUGGAGUAAUUUCCUUAACUAACAUUGCUGAUCAAACACCUGAGUUUACUCAUAUUAUUGAAAAUAAUAUUCUACAUCAUAAUUCUAAUUCUUCUCAAAUUGAAGAUAAAGUUGUACUUCUGAAAAGGCAGAGGUUUGGUUCACUAAAAGAAGCAUAA